AUGAUGAAUUGUUAUAUGGCAAGAGUAAAACAAAAUCCAAAAAUAGAGAGACAAAUAAACCAUUAGCAUGCUCCUCCAGAUUCCUUUUAAGGAUCACUUAGUGGUUAAAUUAUCUUUAUAUUAUUAGAUUCAAGUAUUUGUAAUGUAGAUGAUACAUGUAGAGAACAACAAGCUAUUGAGAUUAAGCAAGUAACUUUAUAGAAUUUCUAAUCAAAUAAUGUAGAAAUUGUUUUACCAAAAAAGAAAGAAAAAAUAUUUAGUUCAAAAUUGAAAACAUGCUGUGUAGAUUAAUAAUAUGUAGAAAAUUUUAAAGUAAGUAAAAUGACACAUGGAAUUUCAGAACAUAAAAUAAAAAAUCCAUUUUAAAGUACUUAAUAACCAAUUAGAAAGUUGAGUGAUAUAUAAAGUGUUACUGAUAGGGAAUCAUAAUCCAGAUAAAGUAGUUAAAGAGAUUUAAAUUCUUAAAAAGAAUCAAAAUAAAAUAUCAAUGUUAUUAAAUAAAUCUCUGUUGCUAAUAAAAUUGAUAGAUCUAAAGUUGCUGCUAGUUAUAGUUAAUUAGCUUCAAAAUUAUACACUGCUGAUUAAUCUCCUUAAAUUAUACAUAAUCCAUAAAAAUUAUAAGAAAAAGCUUUGAUUGUUCAUUAAUCAUUAAAUAAACUUAACACUGCUCAAAAUCAUCUAAUAUCUUCUCCUGUUAAUUUUAAUACAUCACCUAAAUCUUCUAAAUAAAAAUAUAUAUUAUCUGAAUAAAGUGAGUGUUUUUAAGAUUUACUUAAUGACAAAAAAUAGCCUUAAUAAUCAACAUAAUAAACCUAAACAUAAUAAGAUUAAUCUCAUAGAUAAAUUGAAAAAAUCUUAUCUGAAAAUGAGAUUUUAUUUAAACAACUUAAUAAUGGAAAGUAAUAAAUAUUUACUGAAGGAAUUAAAAGUGAAGCUAAUAUUAUCAGAUAACCAAUUAUUGCAUUUAAGAAACAUAAUACAAUCAUUAAUUUUAAACAUAUAAUUUAGAGUAUGCUUAAUAAUGAUGUUUCUAAAUUUUAAUCAUUAAUGAAAGGUAUUUAUAAUUAUUUAAAAUAGACAGUAAAUUUUAGUAUUUAAAUUAACAUGAUAUCUUAGGUAAUACUAUUUUAAUAACUAUAACAAAAUUGUAUGGAUUCCAUAAGAAAUAUGAUGAAUUAUUAAAGGAAGUAUUAAAAAUGAAUCCAGAUCCAUUUAUUAAAAAUAAAUUAACAGGAUGGUCAGCUAUGGAUGAAUCACUUUCUUAAAGAUCAAUAUAUGCAACAGCUUUAUUAUUUUAACAAUGCUAUAGAAAUAAAAGAAAUGAAUUUUUAAAUUAAUUUCAUUAAUUGUCAACUGUAUUACAAUAAGUACCCAAUUUUCAAUUAGAUAUGAAUUGGAAUUUUGAUAGUCCUUUACCUUUUAUUAAAUUAUUAGCUCCUAAUGAUACCAUUAAAUUAUACAAAUAUAAAUAAUAAUUAAGAUUAGAUAGUACACUUGUAGGUUUUUCUAAACUCUAAUGCAAACGUAGAAAUAUGUCUUUAUUGUUUAAAUAAAAUAAAUUAUUUUAAAUUAAUAGAUCUAAUUAAUUUUAUACAGAUCCUUUAGAAGAAUUAGAUACAGAAGAGAAAAAAUUAAUUAUUUAUGAUAUUUUACAUAGUGAACCAGUUAGUGGAGCAUUAGAUAUAACAAGUUGUACAAUAAAAUAAUGUGUAGAUUGGAGAGGUAGAAAAGUAAUUGAAUAAGUAGGAUAAUAUUCUUGUGAGAAGUAUUUAUAUUUGUAAGAUAGAGAUUUGAUAUAAAGAUUACAUAUAAAAGUUCUUAUUUGAAGAAAAGUAAUGAUACUUAAAUUAAAUUUGCAGUUGAGAGAGAAUUUUAUGAAGAAUGGAUAUUAAAUGAUGUUUUACCUAAUACAGAUUUAUUAUUAAAUUAGAAACCUAAAGAAUAGAAUGAAACUAGAACAAUAUCCUUAUGGAUUUGUAAAAAUCAUUCACUUCAAUUUAAAGAUUUUGCUAAUAUUGUAUCUCUAUUGGCAAAAGGUAAUCAUUUAAUGGAAAAAUUAAAUGGUUUAUUUUAAAGACCAGAAAUGUAAGAGAUUAUUGAAUUGAAUGGAUUUCCAAUAAAAGUAUAAAUACCAUUUUAAUUUUCAAUACAUGCUACUAUAUAAUGUUGCAAUUUUGUAUCUCUUGAGAAUGCAGAUGAAUUAUUUAAUAUUCCAAAUAUUAAAUAUAUGCCAAGAAAAGAGGCAUAAAAAAUACUUCAAACUAAAAAAAAAAGAUUAUUAUUGGCAAAUCUAUAUUUAUGA